AACUCACAGUGGACUAUUGACUUGCCUCCGAGUAAGAACGAUUCGUUGACAAAUUUUGGAAGCCACGACUGCUGACUCCUGUGACUCCGUCGUUUGUAUAUCGGUAUUGCAGUGAUGUCGUCGUUGAAUUUCGAAAAAUGUAGCGUUGAAGAGUUGUGUUCCUUUGUGGGAGGAAGUAAGCAAUUACUGGAUGAACUUCGAGAAAAAUUGAGGGAGUGGUUAAAACUGCAGCCGCAUCUUCCUCAGGGUGCCGAAGACGAAAGAUUGGAGUGGUUUCUUCUCGGUAGUAAGUUGAGCUUGGAGCUAGCGAAGCAGAAGCUGGAUACUUACUACACGAUAAGAGAGCUCAUACCGGAAUUCUUCGCGGACAGAGAUCCCAUUUCACGUCCCUUAACUCGUGUACACGACGUAAUGCAAAUCGUGAUUCUUCCCAAACUAACACCUGAGAAGUACAGAACUUACAUUCUUCGGGUCAUUUCAGGUGAUACGAGCAUUGCCAGUAUUCAAGAUUUGUACAAGUAUGUCUUUAUGGGAAGUGAAAUGCGAAUGAUCGAGGACCGCAGUAACGGCGAUAAUCUAAUAUACGAUUUUUCGAUGAUGAGCUUGGGUCAGCUUAUGACAGUGACGCCUACAUUUUUAAAAAAAUGUGAAGUGACAGCUUCGGCUCACGCGCUGAAACUGAAGGGCAUUCACAUCCUGAACACUUCCCCCUUCGUCGGUAGGAUGGUUACAAUGGCCAAAUCAGUUCUGAAACCGAAACUCGCCUCAAGGAUUCACGUUCAUCCGAGUGGGAAUUUUGAGUCGCUUCACCAGUUUGUUCCCAAAUCCAUUCUUCCAGAGGAAUACGGAGGCACUAGUGGAACCAUGGCCGAACUCAGUGCCUCCUUACGCAAGAUCGUGAACGGGAACCGGGAUUGGUUUUUGGAACAAGAGAAGGUUUUGGUGAACGAACGUCUCCGCCCAGGUCCAGCCGUGAAUGGAGACAGCCUCUUCGGAUUUUCUGGAUCUUUCCGGAAGCUCGAUGUCGACUGAAGACCAUUUGCUGAUAUAAUAUAAUAUAUACCGCAUGCCUCGCAGCUGUGGUUUUUGAGUUUGAAGUAAAAAAAUAAAGUAUCCACUCAAGGAUCAACAUUUUAGCAACUGACGACUGACUGUGUAGUCAAGUUAUUAUGUAAAAAGCUCGAUCAUUCCUUAUUUACGCAGUAUAAAUAGUUCACCAUGUGGUAAUUGCAAGUCAGAAAGAAAUUUGAACGAGCUUUUCUUUUAUACACCGAGGUGUAGGUAGACUCAUCAAUAUAUAUUCAAACCGAACCUUAUUCAAGUGCAAUUUCCACCACAAAAAAAUAACCUUCUUCAAUCGAAAUGUACGCGUAUAUGGAUUUUAGUCAAGAAUAAAAAUACCGAUCAAUUUCAGCAGAAAAAAAAAUUUC